GUACUUCAGCGAGGAAAGGCGACGGGUCGCUGAAGACUGGAAAACCUUCGCCAGCGUCUAUGACGACCGGAUGGAGGACGUUUAUGAGGAGUGCUACAUCAUGUGGCGUGAGGAGGCGGAAGAGCCAGAGGACAACGUGCUGGCCUUGACCCUGUCCUUUCUCAGUGUCCAGGUCAUUCGCUUCUGGAUCUCCGGCACGCUGCCCGAUGUGGAAGGCCUUGAGAGUUGGGAGAUGCAGACCACGCGGCCCCCGGUGGACGUGGAGACGCUCUUCCCAGCAGGAGCCGUCCUUUGCAUUUUGACC